AUGGCUGAAGGGGAAAAUAUUGAGCUUAAAUUUCGCAUAUAUGAUGGAACUGAUAUAGCACAAAAUUUCUAUUCAUCAUCAACAACCAUUGCUACCCUCAAGCAAAAGCUAAUUGCUGAGUGGCCUCAAGGUAAAACAAUUACACCAAAGGUAGUAAGUGACCUAAAACUCAUACAUGCCGGUAAAAUUUUGGAAAACAACAAAACUCUGGCUGAUUCCAGAAUAACAUUCAGUGACAUCCCUGGAGGUUUUGUUAACAUGCAUGUUGUAGUACAACCUCGAACGACUAAAAAGAAAACAGAAAAGAACCAUGAGGAGAAACAAAAGACAAAUUCAUGUUCAUGCACUAUUGUUUAGUUUCCCAUCAAGAUAAAGUUAGAGUUCCUGUUUACAAUUCUUGUGAUGAUUGGUGUCCAAUAUCUUUGUGGUUAUCUUUAUUUACAACACAUGCAUGGCU